AUGUUUCCUGUUCCUCACAAGGACUAGCAGGGCCAGUGGCCAGCGUGACCUCAAAGAGCACAGGUCCCCAGCGUCCACCCCCGGCCAUGGUUCCUCCAGUAGCUCCACAUGCCCGGCCCCCCUACCCGGCCCCAGGACAGCUGUUCCCAUCUACCAGAUCCAUGGAACCCAAUGAAAUGCCUGCUGUCCACCACUGCCCCUCAGACUCUGCCACAGCGGGUGAGACCAGAGCCCCCCAGGGCACGGAGCUUAUCCCCAGGAGAGCCAUCAGUCGCUCUCCAACCUGUGCACGCUGCCGCAACCACGGUGUUACUGCCCACCUCAAGGGCCACAAGCGCCUCUGCCUCUUUCAGGCUUGCGAGUGUCACAAAUGUGUCCUCAUCUUGGAGCGCCGAAGGGUCAUGGCUGCUCAGGUGGCCUUGCGUAGGCAGCAGGAGGCACAGCUAAAGCGGCACCUGGCUCAGGGACUGAUAAGGAGAGGGGAAGCCCCUCCCAAAGCUCCCAGCCAUGUCAAGAAGGGAGCCACUCGACCAGGGCUCUGCCCUGGAAAAGAGAACGUAGUGCCCCAGGCUGAGACCCCCCAUGGGGCAGUCCCACAGGCACUGACACCUCCUGGGAAGACCUCCCAGGGACCUCUGCUGCUCAGCCGUCCCCCAAAUGCCUUGCCUUUGCCCUGGACUCCAGUGCCUCCAGGCCCUAGGGCCCCUGGACACUGGCUGCCUCCAGGAUUUGCCAUGCCACCCCCAAUGGUGUGCCGCUUGCUAUGCCAAGAACCUGCUGUCCCUCUACGUCCCUUCCCUGGGUUUGACCCCAGCACCUCCCUCCGGCUGCCCAAUCUUGGGCCCCUCCCAACCUGCCCAGGAUCUCACCCGAUACUGAUGGCUCCUCUUUCUGGAGAAUCCCAAGAGCCCUCUGCCCUGCCCCGCACAUGCUCAACUCUGAUACUCCAGCCCUGUGGCACCCUAGACCCUCUUCUGCUGCAACCACAGGCCCCCAGAGCCUCUCGCCUGGCCUGGACCUCUGCCCCCUCAGAGCGGCAGCUGCAGCAGGAGGCAGCUGAGGCUCUUGUGGGGCUGAAAGAUUUGUCCCAGGCUCCCCGCCUGACCCCUUCUGUCCCCCCAAACCCUGCCUGGAUCUCCCUGCUCCACCCUUGUGGCCCACCAGCUCCUGCUGGAGGAAGAGGAUUCCAGCCUGUUGGCGCCUCUCUCCGACCCAGCCCAGCCCCCUCCGUGGCUCUGCAUAUUGGGCAUCUGGGGUCCAUCUCCCUCCUAAGCUAGAAGCCCAGAGGUGGAGGCCUU